CGCAUAACCUAUAAGCUGCUUUAUUUACCUUAAAUAGAGGUUAUUUAUAAAUAAUGUUUCCUGCAUCAUUUUCCGUAUUUUUCUCAAUUUCUCUCUCUUUUUUAUUCUGAAAAUGGCCAGUCUAUCAUUAUAUGAUAGAUUAAGACAAAAUGAUGAUUUUGAAUUACCAGAAUUAAGACCAAGAUCACCAAGAUCACCAAAAAAUGAAGAAGACAACCCUAUUUAUAGUUUAAAAAGCAGAAAUAGCACUGGUGAUACAGAAGAAUUUGACGAUGACACAUAUCUUUUGCCAUCUAAUAGAUCAAAUAUAGAUGUAAACUCUCCAGUACCGAUGGUCGCUGCGGCAGUUAGUAUUAAGGAUGAUCCGUCUCUACCAUGUAUAACGUUUCGUUUCUGGGUUCUAAGUUUUAUAUUUACGGCACUUGGAGCUGCUGUAUCAGAAUUUUAUUAUUUUAGAUCAAACGGUGGUGGAUAUUCGAUUUUUUUUGUAUUACUUGUUUCUUUUGUUAUUGGUAAAUGGAUGGCUCGUGUACUUCCUACAGAUGAAUUUAAAAUUGGGAAUUGGAGAUUUACAUUAAAUCCAGGUCCAUUUAAUAUAAAAGAGCAUGUGCUUAUAGCUGUUGCAGCAGGAGCUGGAGGUGGUUCGGCUUAUGGCACUGAUAUUAUAGCCAUACAAGAGCUUUUCUAUAAUCAACAUUCUGGAUUCUUCAUAGGAAUUCUGCUUUUAUUGAGCACACAAAUGAUCGGAUACGGGCUAUCUGGAUUUUUAAGAAAAUAUCUUGUACGGCCAGCGAAUAUGUUGUGGCCAUCAAAUUUAGUAUUUUCGAGCCUUUUCUCAACACUUCACGGAAAUGCUGCAGAUACACGUGAUAAGCUUAGACUUUUCUCGAUUGCCUUCAUCUUCAUGUUUUUUUGGCAAUUUUUCCCUCAGUACAUAUUUACUAUGCUGACGAGCAUAUCAAUAUUAUGUUUGAUAAAACCUUUUAAUGCGGAUAUUAUUCGCUUUGGUAGCGGAUAUCACGGAUUGGGUAUAUUGAAUUUUUCCUUAGAUUGGAAUGCAAUUGGACAACCAGGUCCACUUUACACCCCAUGGUGGGCACAAGUUAAUUGGUAUGCUGGUGUAAUUAUUGGAUCAUGGAUUAUUGCGCCAAUUUUGUAUUAUAAUAAUGUUUGGAUGGCAAAAUCUUUUCCAUUUUUGGCGACUUAUUCUCUGCAUAGAGAUGGAGAAAGAUAUAAUCAAACUAAAAUCAUUGACAUGAAUACGGGAAUGUUAAAUGAGACGGCAUAUAAUGAAUAUGGACCCGUUUAUUUAAGCGUUACAUUUGCAGCCGGAUAUUUUUAUUCUUUUAUUUCUUUCACGGCAGCCAUUACUCAUGUUGCUUUAUUUUAUGGGAGUGAGAUCUGGGGAAGAUUUAAAGCAAGUCGAUCUGAAGAUGAUGAAGAUGUUCAUUGUAAAAUGAUGAGGAGUUAUGAAGAUAUUCCAAAUUGGUGGUAUGCAACUAUAUUUUUCGCCAUGUUAUUCGUAGCAAUAUUUUUGUGUUACGCAUCAGGAUCACACUUACCAUGGUAUGGAUUAUUGUUGGCUGUGGGGCUUGCGUGUGUUAUGGUUUUACCCAUAGGAAUUAUUCAAGCUAUAUCGAAUAAUCAAGUUGGUCUUAACGUCGUAACAGAAAUGAUAUGCGGGUACUUGUUUCCAGGUCGUCCAAUUGCUAAUGUUUAUUUCAAAUGUUAUGGAUAUAUGGCUAUGCACCAAUGUUUAUCUUUUGUAUCUGAUCUAAAACUUGGUCAUUAUAUGAAAAUUCCUCCAAAAGCUAUGUUUACAGCACAAUUAUGGGGCACGAUAAUAGGUGCUUUUGUAAAUUAUUGGUUACUUCAAAUAAUUAUAGAAGCAAAAAGGCCAUAUUUGGAUGGGACUACGCAAGAUCCAACGGGUCAAUGGACAGGUUAUCGUUCUCAAGUUUUCAAUACUGCUUCAAUAGUAUGGGGUUUAAUUGGACCUGGUAAAACUUUUGGCAAAGGAUCUAUAUAUAAUCCAUUAUUAUGGGGAUUUUUGUUGGGAUUUCUUGCGCCCGUUCCCAUUUAUUUGUUACAUAAAAAAUAUCCAAAAGCAAAGUUCCAUUUAAUCACAGUUCCUUUAAUAUGUGAUGGUUUAGUGAUUUUACCUGGUACAUAUACAAAUUUUAUAAUAUCAGGUUUUAUUGCAGCAUUCUUAAGUCAAUACUGGGCUUAUAGAUAUCGACAAAAAUGGUGGAAAAAGUAUAAUUAUAUACUUUCGGCCGCGUUUGAUAGUGCAUCACAAAUAGUUACAAUGUUUAUUUUCUUCUUUUUUAAUAUUGCGUUCAAGGUACAAUUCCCUGAAUGGUACGGUAAUAACGCUGAAACACAGGGAGAAAGGUGUUUUCAAGAUCCUUCACAAAAGACUGAUAUUAAUUAGUAUAAACUGUAUUAGGUAAGCAUCAUAACAUUAAAAAAUAAUAUACAAAUCACGUAAUUUUAUUUUUUCAUGACAUGAAACAUGAAUAUACAAAAAUUUUAGAUUUUAUACUAAUAAUAAUCACUUUAAUUUAGUAUAAUAAUUUUAUUAUUGUAAAUAUAUAAUAUAAUAAUUUUAUUUUAUUUUAUUUAUUAUUA